UGGGGGGGGGGGGGGGGGGGGGGGGGGGGGGGGGGGGGGGGGGGGGACACCAGAGAGGCAGCUAGGGGUGGGCCCGACGAGGUCUGGUGUGGGGAGGGACGCCGGCGGGAGUUGGAGCUUCGUGGGACAGUCUAGGGGCUGACCGCUUCGGUGAACCCACCGGCGAGUGGGCACGAUGCCGCGAAGUCAAUCUCGGGUGUUUGAGGAUGGGGGGGAGGACGAAAAUCGGAAGGUGCAGAAGAAGUGCUGCGUGUACAAGUACAUCCACGUGGGACAGAGUCUCGGCGAGAGAUUCCGCGGCAAUCGCAUGUUGAAGUGCGUUUUCUGCCGCCACGAGUUCCAGGGCAACCAGUUCGUGGCGGCGCGCCAUUUCCACCAGGGCAAGGGAUGUCCGGAAGUGACAGACGAGGCACUUGUCGACAUCCACUAUAACAGUGAGUACAAGAUGUCCGACAAGUUUCUAGAGCGGAUACAACGAUUUGAGGAGCUUCAUGGUGCAGCGCCUGUGAUGGACGAGGGGGGGGAGGGAGAGAUGAGGGACGCGGGGGAGCAGAUCGACGUGGACAACGACGUCAAGGAGGUUGCACGGGCGGGGUCGUCAGGGAGGGAGCGAGGGAAGGGCAUUGUCAGCGAGCCGGGGGGGCAGCAGGGCCAGUACUUUGCGUCGGCGCACGUGUCGGCUCGUACACGGGCAGGUGCGGAUACGACUGAGGCGGGUGCGUCUGCGGGGAAGAGGAAGGAGAGAGAGGAGGGGGACAGACCGACGGCAGCAGCCGCAGCACAGAAGAGGAUGAGGCAGAACACGAUCACGGAGUCAUUCACUUCAAAGUGGCAGAUGGAGUUCAAGAAGAAGUGGCUGCGGUUUGUGUACAGUCAGCGCCUGGCGUUCAACGUCUUCCGGAGCGAGCCAUGGUUGGACGUCGUCUGGCACUUCAGGGACUUGCCGGGGCCAGUGUUCGAUGACUUCUCCCCUAAGUGGGUGAACGCCAUCUGCACCGACUCCGCCUCGGCGUACGUCGCCGCGGCGAACUUGCUCCAGGGGCCCGAGCAGAGGCCGGAGCAUCGACGGAUCACGUGGCUCCCAUGCGCAGUGCAUGUCUGCAAUAAGAUCUUGUCAGACAUUGGCUGUUCGGGCCCGUGGUCCAAGGACAUCAUCGUGAGGGGGGGAGCGGUGGUGCGCUUCAUUAAGGAGCACGACGCCACUCUCCAUAUCUUCAGGGGGGAGAGCAGUCAGAUGGGCCUCAUCUAUCCUUGCGAGACACGUUUCGCAUCCGUGUUCGCGAUGGUAGAGCGUUUGCUGGCAGUGAGGUCAGCUUUGGAGAGGACGGUGGAUGGCGAUACUUGGGGUAUGGUCCCUUGGGACCAUUCCGUUCGUCAGUUGGCUAGGUGGGUCAGGUGGCAGGUGCGACAUGGCAGUUGGUGGGAUUCCAUGGGCAUGUUGUUCCGUAUCAUGGAGCCUGUGUACGACCUGCUGCGCAGGUUGGACCGCGGAGGGCUGCACAUGUCGCGGGUGGUUGAGUGGACACAGGAUCUGGCCCGCCAGGUAGCAGAGGAGGUUUGUGCACUUCCCGCAGAUCUUGCACACUACAUUGUGCAGAGGGUGCAGGCUCGAUGCGCUCACAUGCUGGAGCUGGCGCACGCCGCUGCUCACCUUCUCUGUCUCAGCCGGCGGGACUUGCGGUACUUCGAGGGCGUGGUCAGCGACUACGACGCGAGCUUGGUGAGGGAGGCGGAGACUUACAUCUUGUCGCAGACAGGGUUCGGUGUGGCGAGCCGCGACUACGAGACCGCAUGUGCACAGUUGCACGACUUCCACACACGGAGGGGGACGAUUGCUUGGGGGGGGAGAGAUGGAGAUAGAGAUGCACAGAGGUGCAGGGGCGAUGCGGAGACGUACGAGUCCGGGUGUUGGUGGUCGAGGUACGGGCAGUGCGCCCCGCAGUUGCAGGUUAUCGCUCUUCGUAUGAUGUACAUGUGGACGUGCUCCUCUCCUCCGGAGAGGAAUUGUGCCGUCCACGAGGGUGUACAGACGAAGAAGCGUAACCGGCUUGAGUUCGAGAAGGUCGCGAAGUUGGUUGAGAUCUCAGCCAACGUCCGCCUUCUCUCUCAUCAGCGGGCAGGCCGCGGGUUCGCGCUGCCGUGGACUCUAGAUGAGUCGUUGUUGGACGUGGAGGGAGGUAUCGGGAUUCACCCCUCGUGGAAGGGGACGGACGAGAGCAGGACGCGGGAGGAGGUCGAGGAUCAGAGACGUUCAUGGCAGCGAGACCCAUGUGGGUCCAGAGCUCCUCCGGGUGAUGUGGGCGAUGUUUUUGGGACUCAAGCCGCCACAUUGCACCCGUACCCUCGAGACGACAGUGAUUCCGAGGGUCACGAGGACGAGGACGAGCCGACAGGCCCCGCUAGCGCCACUCCUGCGGCGGAUGAGCGUGAUGAGUGGAGCGAUCCAGAGGACGUCCGUAGACGGAGUGGCGGAGAUGACCUUUUCGUUCGAGUUGAUUUGGAGGAGGAGUCUGGGGGUCGUCAUGGGAGCCCUUCAAAGCGUCCGAGGCCUACGUCCACUGCCCCGCUUCUCGCUGAGCGGGAGACAGAUCCUAGGUCUGCACCUUUGAGGGGGGCUGAGUCGGGGAUUGGCCAUCGUCCUCUGGGUCGCUCUGGCACGGCAUCAUCCACCGCUCUUCCCACUUCGACGGAGCAGCUUCAUCGACAGCCAGCCGGUGCAGAUCGAUUGCAGAGAUUGGUGAGGGUCCCGAGACAGCGAUUGGAGGACAGAUUGGAGGGUGGUCCUAUGCCGGUGCAGGGUGACGACGGAGACAGACAGGGGUUGGUUGGUGGAGAUGGUGGUGCGCUGGCCGGAGGUGGAGGCGGUGUCGAGGUUGAUGCGGCGGUUGAGGGGAUACCGAUGGGCGGCGGAGGCGGUUUCAGUGAAUUUGACGAUAUGGGUAUGCCCCCGGGAGAGAGCGACUUACUGGGACAGAUCGGCUUCGCGGACCCGAGUAGUUUCUCCCCUGCCAUGCGCGCAGAGGUGAUGUUGGGGGCAGAGGGGGAUGAGGACCGGACACCCCCUGGAGAGACAUUUGCAGAGAGGCUGGAUAGGCUUGAUAGUCGUCGAGCGUGCCUCAUGGCACAGAGGGACCCCAGGACGCAAGAGCUCGCCCGUCUUGCGGCCGAGGACAGACAGAGGCAGCUGGGGACAUAUACGCCGGCGUCUGUUGACGUGGGGCCAGCUGCCCACACGGAUACUCCGGCAGAGGUUCACGACACGACGCAGCGGGAGGCGGCUUCGGCAGAGGUUUCGAGCACGGGAGUAGAUGUUCAGCAGGGGACGCACGAGAGCGGGUUGGCACCGACAGAGGAGCCACGUUUGGAGCCGGCGCAGCCUCCUGCCGUGCAGCUGAGGCCAGAGGACACAUUGCAGGAGGUCCCGGGCAUGCCUCUGCCUGCGGGUUCAGUUGAGGGUGCUGUGCAUAUGUCCCCGGACGGAGGGGAUAGCGCCGACCACCGGGGGGACGGGGCCGUAGCGGGGGCCGUUGGUGUUGGCGGGUCGGAGGUGCCGCCCGUGGCCGAUCCGAUGUCCACGUCUGGCGGUGGAGACCCCGCACAGGUGGACAGGCGUGACGCGGACGGACAGAAGAUGCCACAGACUUUGGUGGUUCACACUGCUGUGGGGCCAGUGGGGCCACAUCAGGCACCGUUUUUGGAGGGUUAUAGGCGUCCUGCACAUGGCGGUGGCCCGGUCGAGGAGCAACGUGUAGGCAGGGGCGCGUGCAUACCCCCGGUCCCUACUUUUGCGCCGUCACGGACGAGGCCGGAGAUCAGGCAUGUGGCUACGCCUCGAGGCAGCCUCCCUUUUGGUUUUAUGACCGCUGAGGAGUUGGAGGACCACGGCAAGAGGGAUUUGACGGAGAUCGACCAGCGCGUUUUGAGGUCAGUCCCGGAGGAGGGGAAGCUGCCUCACGUGCAGGACUUAUCUUGGGGGCCAGCCAGCCCCAGCUUACCUUUUGGGUGUUCCAUCGCAGCGCCAUCUGGCGGGGCUUUAGGGGGCUUACCUUCUGGAGGUUCCGUCGCAGCGGCAUCGGGCGGGGCCGCAGGGGACUUACCUUUUGGAGGUUCGGUCGCAGCGCCAUCUGGAGGCGCUGCAGGCCCUUCGUCACCCUUGAGCGCAGCUCCGAGGGAGGGCGGCAGCCUCACCCCGAGGUGGGUUGCCCGUAGACGGAGACACACUACCCAGCGUGCGCGGGAGUUGCUGGACACCAUAAUGUUCGGUCGCACAGAUCGACCAUGGAGUGAGACGAGACGGGUGACGACAGUGAGUGCCGGUCGUCAGCCAGGUUUGAGAGGGGUUUCCACGAGCGUGAGACGUCGAGAUGUUGUAGUUGCAGGGUUUGGUGGUAGAGGGGGUGGCGACGGUGGCAGUGGUGGCGACGGUGACGGCAAACGUGAGGGCGCAGGCGGUGCCACGACGAGCGCAGUGGAUCCGCCGCUGACGUACAAUUUGAGAGAGGCGUCGAUUACUUUGGAGGAGCCUGGUGUUGUUACACGACUGAGGCAGGCCCGACACAUGCCCUUAGAUCGACGCCAGGAGGGGGAGACUUCAGGGACAGACGGUCUACCUAUGGCACGCGAGUCACGCCGACGUGAUGACCUAGCAGCAGCAGCCAUCAAGACAGUGAGAGGCAGGAGAGUCAUUAUGCACGACGAUCUCGACGAGCUUCCCGUCGCUCCCGGCCCUUCCGCUGGCGGAUGCGGCGGCCAGCGUAAGAGAGAUCGAGGAGGUGGCAGGGGUCGGUCCCACGGAGGAGUUUCUCAUCGGUCCGAGCGAGAUCCGCGUGCGCACGACGAUCGUUGACGGAUUACGGACUUGCAUUUUCGUGACUUCCUCAGUGUACUUUAGUUUUUUGUUAUCCAUGAUAGACGUAGUGUCUCGUGAG